AACCCUUCACUAGUUAGACGGCACAGAAUGUCCUUAACGACAUCCCAGGAGAACCUGAAUUUCUGCUUCCCCAUCCGGGAGCUAUCGAAUGAUCGUCUGAAGCUAACUCCUUUCAUCCCAUCGGUCCAUGCCGCUGAGUUCGUGAAGGGCGCUGCGCCCUACCCAGAGAUAUGGGCACAUCUCUCGCGAGGCCCCUUCAUGUCAGAGCAGGAGUACACCUCAACCUUCGUCCAAGGCCUCGUCCAGCGCGACCCGGGUAUGAUCCUCCUCGCGGUCAUCGACAAGACGCGCCCCGCGACGCCGGUCGACCCCGAGGGCGCGCUCGCCGGCGCCGUCACAUACAUGGGCACGAACCCGACGCACCUCUCGACGGAGAUCGGCUGGGUGAUCGUGCUGCCACCCUUCCAGCGCACGCACGUCACCUCGAACCUCGUCGGGCUGAUGCUGCAUUACGCGCUCGAUCUACCCGCGGCUGGGGGGCUCGGGCUGAGAAGGGUGCAAUGGACGACGAGCACGAUGAAUACAGCGAGCCAGCGCACGGCGGAGAGGCUCGGGUUCCGGAAGGAGGGCGUGCUGAGGUGGGCGCAGAGGUUCGAGGACGGACGGAGGAGGGGGAAGGUGGGGAAUGGGAAGGAGCAGCCGCGGGGGAGGGGCGGGGAGGACGAUUUGGCGAGGGAUACGGUGCUGUACAGCCUUUGCUGGGAUGAUUGGGAGGAGGGUGGCAGGGAGAAGGUGCAGGCCAUCAUGGAUCGGCGGUAAAGCCUCAUAUCACAACUCGUCAUUGGUGGAAAUAUCACCUUGGGAAAUCGACGGAGGAGGCCUCGAUCGACCUGGCAGCAUUGCA